UGCCGAGGGCUCGCGAUCGACGAGAGCUCUCCCUGUAUUUCUCUCUUUCUCUGUCUGUCGUGUGUAAAACGUAACCAUUCCAUACAUAACACACACCCCGCCGUUAUUACACACUAACCACAUCGGAGAUCGAGUGGACAGCAUGGACUUUCGAAAUAACAACAACAAUAAAGGGCGGAACGCGGAGUAACGUCGGCUACCCCAAGCGGACGCAUAGCUGUGCACCCUUCGCGGCGCGCCGUGCAACGCACGGGUCUCUCUCGCAGUCGGGAAACGCAGUCGCUCCGCGCGCGUGAAGCGUAAAAUCGCCACAUCGUCAUACAGGAGAGCCAGACGAUGCAACGCUUGACCGGUCUACGCCUGUCAAUCACCGGCCAAGAAUCUAUCAUCCGAUACUGGAUGCCAUUAUCGGCAGAUAAUCGAGUGUCUACUCGCGCACCGCGGCUUAUAAUUUCCAGGAAUAAUCUCUCACGACGUUUACAAUUCAUUUUUAUGCCGUAACGAACAAGAGGUAGCACUCUUCAUGUUUUGACUCGUCUCGUUCUCAUCUUCCGAUUCGCUCAAAAUUCGAGUCAUGCGCUUUCAAUCUAUAAUAGCGAAAAAUAAUAGCGAUCAUUUAUCAACGGGAAAGAGAACUCUUUAGUUGCGUACAUGAAGUAAGAGAGAAGGAGAUCGAACUCCGUGAAACGAAAGUGUCCUGAUUCGUGUCCUUUAAUUGAGAGGGAAUUCGCUGAAAGGAAUAACUUUUUAUGGUUGGGCGCCAUUUGCAAAACAAUAAGUUAGAGCGAGAUAAAAUAUACUUGUCUCACUCUUAUUGCACCAGUUCAGUAGUGCAGCUCUUUAGCUGCCACUUUUCCUACUCGCGCCCUAUCAAGUUCGAUCUUCUUAUCUCUUCAUGGUUGCGUAACAUUUACGCGACUCUCUUCUCUUCAACUCGAAACUGCAAAAUUAAUUGACAGAGAGAGAUGAUCGCACCUCAAAAGCGAGACAGUCUCGGCUUUCGAAUGCAACUUGCCCCGUGUCGCUACGACAUUUCUACGCAAAGUUAUUGGCGGGCGGCGAGUCGUUUGAAGUUCGACUACAAUGUUACCACCGUUCCUUUAUCGCGGACCGCGCCGCCGAGAGGUGUGAAAUCCGCGGCUCGAACUCACUACAAUGUACUACGCGCGCCGUCGCCGGUGCCGACGGCAAAGAACACCGCGCGUGCCUUUUUUGUUGGAAACACCGAAUACUUCGAACGUCCUAUCUCAACGAAAAAUUGACGUAGGAGCGCCAAACAAAAGCCCUCCUUUUCAGUUUUUCGCGCACUACGCGCUCGUGCUCCUCACGUAUCCCUUUUCCUUUUUUUAUCAGGACGCGCGUAUUAUGUGUACGAUUACGCACGCGGCAUCGAGAUAUAUAUUAUAUAUUAUUGCGUAAAAACAUCGGAACAUAUUUGGAUGUGCAAGCAGGGAGAAGAAGGAAAGUCUCAGUCGCAUAAAACACCAAGUUUCGCGUGUAUCUCGAGACAUUUCGCGCAACUUAUUCUUCCCAGCGUGCUGCGCGAGUUUCAAUUGAGGAUAUCGUAUUUAUCAAUAUCGAACAGAAAUUCUUCCUUGGCUGAUGUAUAAUGUUAUUGCCAAUAUCCGAUGAAAAAUUGGCUGCCUGCGACUGGCCCGAUUUACAAUCCGAAGCCGGGCCAAGUCGGCUGCAAGAAUCUGAAAUAGUACUAAAUACGUACGGUCUAGCAGCAAUUGAUUGCUUUAUGAUCGGCAAGGUCAGUCAUAAAAUCCAAUAUGGGUUCGCGCGUUUCACAUAAAUAUCUCACUAACAAGCGACACUCCGUACUUUCCGCGUUUCCCGAGUCUCUUGAUCCACACGACGCGACCAGCCCGACGGAAAGUUUAAUAAAAUUUUUCUCAUCAGCAAGAAGCAGCACCGGACAAACAUUUUAAUCGUCCGUUGCCCCUGCAUCUACAUACACGCCCACACGCCCGUCGCGCGCGUUACGUGUACGCGCGUUUGCGCGUAGAUAAUAAGCGCGAACGUGCGCGCGGGUAUUUAAUGCUUACGGCUGUCUGCAUCGAUCAGCCGAACAACACAUGUACUAGCCGUACAAACAGACUUAAUAACGAACUUCCUAACGAGACCAUUAACUGCAAUCCCCGUGAUGAUCGAGUGUCGUGUUUGGAUUCUCCCUGCGUUUGCCACUUCCAAUCCGCGCCGAGUCCGCGCUGCUCGACACGCCGGCCGAGCGAGGAUCGUCGCGUCGCGAUUUGCGGUUUCGCGUGCCGUUUCGCGUUUCCGGUGGAUGCGGAAUCGAUCGUCCACCUCAUGCAGUCGCUCACGUGAAUCAGCGUGGCGUUGGCUUUAGACGGAGGACGCACAGGAGCGAUUUCGUGCGUCCGAGAUUUCGCGGUGAGCCGCGCGGCGGAUUCGUACGCGGCGGAUUUGCGACGAUCGAGUCGGAGCGCUUUGUGGCUCACCUUGACGCGCGUGUCGCGACGAGCCGCGAUUUGCAUAUGUUGCGAAUGAAAGACUCCGCGCGACCGACCACGGCCACGGUACACAUUUAUAUCCGGCAAACUCGGGAAUCUAUUCCGAGCUCGGAGACCGGUAUUUUGCCUCGACAUUUUUCUAGCGAUAGAACAGGCGGUCAUGUGGAAAGAGGAAAACACAGCGAACGACUCGUCGCGCGAACAACACUUGCGUUACUUUGCAGCGUGUUACUUGACUCUGUCGUCAUCCGCAAUUUUAAUAUUAAUCAGUCAUUCGAUCACUGCGUCAGUUUCGCGCCGAAGCGACGCAAAACACCUCAGGGAAUCGCAUCCUUCAUGAAUACACGCGGAGUAGUCGCGCUUUACUGCUGAGCACAGCCGAGUUUUUGACCCCGACUACUAACAAACAUACAACUGCAUCCUGAUGUCCAUCGUUUGCCCCUAACCCACAUUUUCUUUGCUGUGCCGAGUUUCGGUUUGCCAGAAUGUGCGAGGUGUGCCUGCUUGGAUGAAACGAUGGAUCGUUUCCGGGCGAUCCGGCGCGUCUCUCCCCCGACGUCGGGCUCGAGAUCGUGCCUCUUCUCGGGUUCGCCGGGGGUUUAUACCGUGGAGAACAAGUCCGAUCGAUAGACGGACUCGCGUCGCGAGUCCGACGCGGGGCCGUAUCGCGUUCAUACCAUGUUGUACCGUUGUACGCUGCCAAUGCGCCAUCCCGACAGGAGUCGGCAGAAUUUCAGGAAUCACGAAGGUAUACGAAGGCUAUACUCUACUCUGCGCUGGCUACCCCCACACACAUGUCAGGUAUAUCACGAGAGUGUGUUGAGUUGCACGGUAUUGCGGAUUUCUCUUGCUCCUCCACCCGACUACCACCAGCCGCCCCGCACUCGCAUCCUCUCCCGGUUUUUUACGUUUUCUCGUUUCUUUCUUUCUCUCUCUCUCUUUUUUUUUUGAGUAUUUCUCUUACGGUUUUGCUGGAGUUUGCUCACAAUGACCCUGUUGUUCUCCCUCGAACAGCAUCCGCAUCCGUGUGAGUUGUGGUGCAAGAAAGUAACUCAGCCGCGCAUUCCCGAAACGUCGCGGCUAAUUCAUCAUCGGCGGACGCAUAGUUGUGCAAUUCGAUUUGUUUGGCGAGACCUCACCGCCCUCGCCUCGUUCGAUUGAAGCGAUCGGACGUCGCGUGUGUAGUGAGACUCGGGCAAAGUUGAUUACCUUGAAGCGCGAUUUAAAAAAAGAAGAGAAUACCAAAAGACUGAAUCACUGUCGCGCUUAGAAAUAUAAUCAAUGAAUACCCUCAUAUUAUCAUCAGGUGCAGCAACAAAAAUCGAGCGACACUGUCAGGCGAAUUAAGGAACAAUUUGAUAAAACGCCGGGAAAUUCUCGAUACUUUCGGUAGCACGACGAAAUAACCAAUUGGCCGAAGCUCGAGAUACUCGAUGCGAAUUGAAUAAGAAUUCAAGACUUGAGAGCGUAAAAGUCUUCAAAAGGUCAUAUAAAACUGAGGAAAAAUAUAAGGAACCACAAUAUUCAUUCAAGAGUGCCAGGGUCGGUCGACCAGCGCCGCUGAGAGAACGCUCAGUCCGUUAACAGUGCCGUUUAACGCGCCUCUAAUCAUAUCAAAUGGCGCAGAAGAUAAUCGCGAUAUCGGCGAGCGGAGGCGGGCUCGGGGAACGCAGCCUUACAAACGCGCUAAUCCCUUUUUGUCGUGCUACCGUAGGAUCGGAUUCCCGUUCGGUUUUUGCCUCGGAACCGCACGAAACGUUCCCCCCUCGUCCCCUUCGCCCCCUUUCGAUGUCUCGCAAUCUAUCGUGCGCGACGCGACGCGACGCGCGUCGUGUCGAGUCGAACCUGAGCUCCACGUUCGCGAUCUCGUUUUCUGAAACUGGUGCAAAAUCGGCUUGAAGGUGCGUGCAUAAACAGCUGUCGUCGUCGCAGCCCGAGCCGUUCAUCCUCUGCAUGACGAGCGACUCGCGAAACAUGACCUUCGUCAUCGAGUGCUGCAAUCAGGAUUAUUGCAAUCGGUAUCUGAAACCCCAGCUGCAUCCUCGCAACAAAGAAGCGUCGUCGGGCGGUGGCGGCAAGUCGCAGAUCAACUGGGUAACUGCCGUGGCGAUAGCAGGCCCGAUAGUCGGCCUGAGCGUGAUCGUAAUGAUCAUCUAUCACAUACGACGCAGCAGAAGGAAGAAGCGGGACAGGCACUAUCCGGACGACUCGCAUGAUGCACCGGACCGGCCGAUCUUGGACGGCGUCACUAUCAGGGACAUGCUGGAGAUGACUACGAGCGGCAGUGGCUCGGUAGGCCUGCCGCUUCUGGUACAACGGAGCAUAGCGCGCCAGAUCCAGCUGGUAGAGACGAUCGGAAAGGGUCGUUUCGGCGAGGUUUGGCGCGGACGUUGGCGCGGCGAGAAUGUCGCCGUGAAGAUCUUCAGCUCGCGGGAGGAGAGAUCCUGGUUUCGCGAGGCUGAAAUCUAUCAGACGGUGAUGCUGAGGCACGACAACAUCUUGGGCUUCAUCGCUGCCGAUAACAAAGAUAACGGCACGUGGACGCAGCUGUGGCUGAUAACGGAUUAUCACGAGAAGGGCUCGCUCUUCGAUUACCUCAACAGAUCGACCGUCGAUACGAACGGUAUGAUAAGGAUGGCCUUGUCGAUCGCCACCGGCUUGGCGCAUCUUCACAUGGAAAUAGUCGGCACGCAAGGCAAGCCGGCUAUCGCUCACCGGGACCUGAAGUCAAAAAAUAUUCUCGUGAAGACUAAUGGUACCUGCGCCAUAGGCGACCUCGGACUGGCCGUCAGGCACGACGUAAUCACGGAUACCGUCGACAUUCAGCUCAACAACAGAGUCGGCACGAAGAGAUACAUGGCGCCCGAGGUUCUUGAAGAGACGAUAAACAUGAACCACUUCGACUCGUUCAAGAGGGCGGACGUGUACGCGCUUGGCUUGAUCCUUUGGGAGAUCGCCAGGCGUUGCAACGUCGGCGGGAUUCACGACGAGUAUCAGCUGCCCUUUUACGACUUGGUGCCUUCCGAUCCGACUAUCGAGGAGAUGCGGAAAGUCGUGUGCACCGAUCGACAGCGGCCGUCGAUACCGAAUCGAUGGCAAUCGAUCGAAGCUCUGCAGGUAAUGUCGAAGGUGAUGAAAGAAUGUUGGUACCACAACGCGGCCGCCAGGCUGACCGCACUCAGGAUCAAGAAAUCGCUCGCUAAUUACGGCGCUAUGGAGGACCUGAAGUAGAUUAAGCUUUCGCCGGGCUCUUGGACAGGAAGAGCGACGGGGAUCGAUUGGUACGUUGCGUGCGCCGGAUGUAGCUACGACUCGAAAUUCGACGGAAGCUGGUGCUUCCGGCGAUGACGAGGGGCAAGCGGGAGGAGGCAUACUCCGAGGAGUGUAUAUAACGGGAGAUAUUCCGAGGAGUCGCGAGGAGUCUGAGAAAGACUGGCUGAGAAGUUAUGGGGUUCCUUCAUGCGAGACAGGCCCCGACGCCCGAGCAGUCUCGAGUACUGCUGGUAUCGCAACGCGGCAAGUCGUGGGCAGAGAAGUAGAACGAACGGACGACCGAUAUGUUGCGGUGGGAAGAAACUUGGUUACUUCAGUAGUCCCGAUGUCGGCCCGAUGAUCAUCGGCCGCUCGAGCGAACGGGUCGACAGGAAGUCGCGCAAUGCGCGUUCGGUUAAUCGAACGAUUGCUCGGUGUCGCGUCAUACACAUACACACACACACACAUAUACACUUAUAAUCGCAGCCAUACACUUACACACACGCAAACAUAUACACAGACACUGCUGUAUAUUUAUUAUGAUAUAUACAUAUAUAUAUUAAUGUUAAGAUAACGAAGUAUACAAAUUUAUUAUAUAGUAACGUUCAUUGAUUACUACUAAUGAGUAACGGUACAUUCGUAUAUUAAUAUAUAUACACACGCGCAUAAUUAUAUAUUAUAUAUAUUCGUUAUCGGAGACUAACUCGAUUCGAUUAACCGAACUAUCGUUUUCUCGCCGGGCGAUUCCGCGAGCGACAUUCACUCUCAGGCGAGACGACCGACGCGUUCGCGCGAGCGCAUUCCAGAGGUGAUCGGGACGUCGCGCGAGAUAUGAACGUAUCGGUUUAGCGAGUGAACGCGUCAGAUGCGAGGAAGGCCUCCGAUGUCGGGAUGACAUCUUUUUUAUCUAAGUUCCGAGGAUUCGCCGUUAGAAAUUUCGCCGGUGCGCGUGAAGAGAGAGAAAAAAGGGGAGAAGGAGUGAGGCACAUUGGGAGCAUAUAUACCGUACACCGCGUUAUACAGAAAAGAAAUGCAUAUCUUUUGGUUUUCCUUCCUCUCGAGAAGAGUGACGAGUUCGUCGAUUAAAGCGAUUAUACAGGGUAGAUAGAGAGACCGGACAACACUGGCUGCUUGACCGGUAGACAAGAGAAAAAUGAGAAGAAAAGAAAACGGCGUCCAGUAAAUAUAAAUUCGAUUCGUAUGCGAGUGAAGCGGCGUCCUUCCUGUCGAAUGAGCGAAAGGCUUCCCUCGGGGAAUACGUUCGUCGACUAGAUUCUUCGGCCUUUUGGAAAUGCAGAAAAUAACGCGUUAUCACCGCGACUACCGGCGAGAAAGGAACAUUCUCCUCCCUGCACGCGACAAUUACCGCGAGACUUUUAGCGCAUCGUCCGGUUUUGUUUGUCGACCCUAUACGUAUACUCUUAGUGUGUAGUAGAACACAUCCGAAUGUUUUGCUCAAGACGAAUAUUUUUGCGUAACGAGACGAGAGAUGAGCGCGCGUAAUGUGUAAUGGUAAUGGCGGGACUUUUAAAGCGUGUUUCCUUUGUAACGCAGGAAGGUUGAAAAGUGAAGGAUGCUCGUGAAGGGAGCUCAAGAGCGUGUAUAUCAUGGCAUGAAAAGAGUAUAAGAGAGCGUGAAAAAAUGUACGAGAUGCGAGAGAGUGAGUGAGAGAAAGAAAGAGAGAGAAAAUGAGUGCGUGUGACGGAAGCUGGUCUGCAGUUGAUAGGAAAAGGAGAGGAAGGAGCGAGAAGACAAAUUCGAUAAAAAGAAAAUCAUUGGAGAAUCUAUAUUUUCGGGACUUUUUUGCGUGUGUGGAAGAGAUAGAGAGAGAGAACAAGGUACAGCGAACGUGGAAAUAUCGAUCGAGUAAGUGUAUGCGAAAUGAGCGGAUGCGAUUGGGCGAGAGGAGGAACCAAACGCGGUCUAAUGAGCAUAGUUGCGAACAUUUCCGAAUGUGAUUGUGAUCAUUUGUGAUUUUAUUUCUACUUCAAUUUUAAUCGCGCAAUUUCGUCGACGCGACACUCAAAAUUGCGAGGGAAACCUAUUUGUUAUCCUUAUUAGAAAUUAUUUUUAUUACUUUUUUAACUAUUUUUAUUAUAAUGCGGAAAUGUUCUUCUCUAGUCAACGAACAACCAUGUGCGCUUGGUGCUUCUUCGCCGUGUGAUCGCAUCCGAAUAUUUCUCGGAUUAUUUCUAUUGUAUCUCGUAUUAUUAAUAUACGCGCUACAUCUCGAUGGCUUUAAGAAGGAGGCUCUUAUCGGUUAUCGUUUGUCAUUCACCCCGGUGUAAUGUUCUGUGCGUUUCCUUUGAACUCUCCCAGCGCGGCAGGUCAAAGGUGAAUUUCGUGUGUCUGCGCGCUGUAUUUCAGUGAGUUGAAAAAAGCAAUCGUAGUGCUCGAAAGAUAGGUACGUAAGUUUGGUAUACCGCGAGACUGAGAAUGCGACGAGUAUGCGUACGGGUGGUCUCUUUGCGAAAAACACGAUGAUUACAAUUAUCGGGCGGCGAACAGGAGGGAACGUUCUCCUGUCCGUUUAUCCACGACGGAUGGUGAACGAGCGUCUCCUCUUCGCUCGCGGAUAACCGAUUAUAUCGGAUAAUAGAGUGUAUAGUGUGUAUACUUCCUGGACUAUAAGCGAGAGAAGGUGGAAUCUGCGGAAAGGUUAGAUUUAUUUCGGAGUGAGAGAGAUGGCGAGCGUGAGGGAAGAAGUCGCGUGAGGCGGAAAAUUCAGGUGAAAAAAAACAGAAGGAAAGAAAAACAAACAAGAGAACACAAGAAUCUUCGUCAUCCAAUAGUCAACGUAAAAGUCUGCGAGGUUACAAUUAUUACUAUACUAUAGACGAAAGCGGAGGAUCCUUCGAACACAUAAUCGUAUUUUUGUAUUGUUUUUUACCGAUGACGUCGCGCGGACGUCACGCUAAUUUUCCUCUUCCGUUUUCUACUUGCUCGCAACGUUCCGACCCAGUUGUACAAGUUUUCCUACGCGCGGCUUUUUGCAUACCUAGUUCCGCGUGGACUUCAGUGCGGGCAACCCUUGAAUUACGCGACUAACAUGAUCCAGUGAGGAGAAUUUGUCACAUUGCUACCAGAUAUAAGAAAUUCUAAAUUUUGGCGCAGUUUCUUCAAAAGUCACGAUAUAUCACUGUCCCAGUGAUCAUAGUAAAAUUGUGAUGGAAAUUCAAUGAUGUACCUAUCGGAUUUAGUCGCAUAAAUGAAGAAAAAUCCGUAUUGCAGUUGACGCGAAAUAGAGAGUGUAGGUACGACAGACAAAAUAUGUCUCUAAAAGAAUCGCUUAUUAACGUAACGAGGGGGGAACGUUUUUCUUCCCCCGUCUCCACGUUUUCUCUCACCUGACGAACAAGACGAGACGGGAAGCAACGAAUCCGCACGAUUCGAUUGUAACGGAGUGACGUCACGCACUCGUCGUGGAUUGCAAUUCACCGAAAGACUGAGAAUCUAAUGUUCAACUAGUAGAUAAUGAGCACGGCUCUCAACGAACCCCGUCGCUCCGAAGGCGGAGCCUUGUUUCUUCGCUCCCCGUACACAUUCCUAUUAUGACGCGUAGGUUAAUUUUAUCAUUACGUAAUUAAAAUAACGAUAGUCCGUGUGCAUCGGCGGGAUCGCCUCGCGGUGACGUUUUUUAUACUUACACUGUGCUGGAGAAGCGCGCGUGUUGUCCCUGUCGAUCCGCGACGCCGCAAGCUCGACCGGUGUCUCCCUUUUACAGCUGUUUCCAUACUGCUAGUACAACUCUCUGUGCCAAUACCUGAUCGAAUAUUAAUUAAAGCGAGAGAGAAAGAGAGAGAGAGAGAGGAAGAGAGAUAAAGAGAAGGAGAUACAAUUAAUAAUAAUGUACGCUGUGUUCCCACAAACUGCACCCGUGCACGCUCGAACGAGGAAAAAUAGUAAAAAUAACCCACACCGCGCCAGCUACAUUUCCGGGCCGCGACACCCCGGCGUCGCUCCCGAACUCGUCUUGACGUCAAUCGCGUUUUAUCGCGGUUUACAACUGGGUCGCCGAACCGUCGAACAGUCUGACUCAUAUCCGACGAAUGCCGAACUGCCAAAUGAUAUUUCAUCCUCCUCCGUACCCUUUUCCGCUCCUUACCGUUUAAACCCCCUUCCCCACCCCUCCCCCACACAUACUUGUACAAAAGAGUAACAAUAAAUUAGAAGGAAGACAGAGAAAGAGAGAAAGAGAGAGAAAAAAAAACUUGUGCACACGCGGCGCUUACGACCGCAUCGCGAUUCCGUUAGUGGGAAGAAACUUGUACCUUUAAGGCGAUAUACCGUCUACUUCGUUUUGUGCUUUAGGUGAUACCAGUGUUUAACGAUUACCGAUGAAAUGGAAGAAUGUGUUCUCGCAGGUGAGAGUCGCAUCGUUCCCAUAUUUCGUGUCGAGAAGAAUAGCCUGUGAAUAAUUUUGUCAUAUAGAUGAAGAAUUCUCCUUCAUUUCUUCUUGUCCCAAGAUGAAUAGGUAGGUUUUGAUACGAAAAAAAGAAAUUGUACGAUAUUAGUUUUCUAACGACAGAUUGUUAGAAUCCUGUAACGACAGAGUGAUUAUUUCCAGCAACAAUUCGGAAUCGGAACAGUGCGACUUUCCAACGGAGAAUAUUGCGUAUUAUAUUGUACGAAUAAGUUAAUUAGCGAUUGCUGAGGAUUCAUAGACCAAAAAUCGUUUCCACUCGUUUGGAUGGUUCAGAGGAGGUAUCGCGUAUAUCUUGACUAUAAGACCUCCGAACAAAGAGCUUUUAUUCUAUUUAUUUUCCUCCCUUUUAUCACUAAACAAAUAUCUUUAUUGAUAAUCAUCGCGAUAUUUUGUUUAUAGCCGAUUUCCCCCUCGUUCCGUCACUUGUGUUACGCGUUUUCCCCCUGUGGCAUUGUUUUGCAUUCGAAACGCGAGUCUCUCCAACUGUGUUGGACAGAUAUGCGGAAACUUCGAUUAUUUGUUUACGGUUAUGUUGUUUAAAGUUCAUGAUAAUACGUACACGAUGAAUUCAUCGCGAUGGUUUGAUCGCGUGUGUCUUUCUUGUGUACGACGUAGAUGUCUAAAUUAACCAAGGUUUGUGAUUUUGUUUAUUUCGUUGCUCGCGGCGCGAGAGUAAAAUUUAUAACAAACGAUGGACGAGUAAGUCUAAAAAAAUUUAGGUUGCUUGUAGACUCGCGAGAUUCGUUUCCGUUUAAGUGCGUUAUUAUUUUAGGGAGUAUCCGCUAGCGACGCUAAGAUAAGUUUAUCGACACACUAUCGCCGUGUCCCAUUAUUUCUAUUAUCUGUUUCCCGUUUUCAUUGUAUAAUACUCUGUACAUAAUGGUGUAAAUGUUCAUCGACGACUUACAUAUGGAUAGAACGAGCACUUGUAAUUUUCGUAAAACGACGGACGGGUGAGUUGGUGAAUGGUACCGUAUUUCCUUUGAUUACUCGUAACACGGGCAUGUCGCGUCUCUACUAUUUUUCCAUCUGCAAAUGUAUCGUGAUAAGUGUAGUUCUGUACACGGAAGGUUGUUGCUGUUAAAGAUUUAUCUCGAGGCGAAAGAGAAAUUUGCGAACUUGUUGUCCGCUCAUAUUGUAAUAAAAAUAAAGGGGAUACUAAGUCAAGGAGUUUCAGUGCGUUAGAUACGGAUCGAGAUCGCGCGAUAUGGCGCGGUGAAAUCUGUAUCUCGUCGAGUCGAGUUGUCCGUAACUCGCGGACAGCGCAGCGGAAUAAUCGUGCUAUUAAUAAUUGCUAAAAAUAAAACUCGCGAAUCGCAAAAUUAUAUGAUUGCGACGAAGGACGGGAAGGCAGAGCAACAACUUUUUCUACGAACUUAUUUCGUUGAGGAAGCUUCUUGAUUCGGUGCACACAAAAAUACACACACACACUUCAAAGACUGAAUGUUUUUUCUUCAAAACAAAACAAUCUGUAACGUAUUCGAUAGAAGCCACGAACACGCGGGAACGCCGACCGAAUCCAUGAGUUACCGUUUUCUCUAUAAAUAAUUAUCGCAACAUCGUAUCUCGCGUGUCUCGUGACUUGAAAACCAAAAUCGGCUUCACCGUUUCACCAUUUUCUUUCGAUCCUUUUCGUUUCUCCGUCGGCGAUCGGAUCGGUAAGCGAUCCUUCGCGAUUUCGCUCAUUUUCUUCAUCAGAGAGUCGAGUUUUCUACGAUUUAUAAGAAACGUAAAUCGAUGACUUGUUUAAUCGACCAUUAAUUACUGCCGCUGUAUAAAGCGUGCCUGGCGGUGUGGAUGGAUCUUAAUACUGUUAAUAGAUAUACGUACCUAAUGUUAUUAAUUAUUAUUAACUUCUGAUUUGUAAUUGGGAAUGCGCGAGGUUGUUGGAGCCCAACGCACACGUGCGGGACAUCACACGACGGACACUCUAUUAUCAUGUAGCUCUCCUCUUUGUAAUAAGUUUGGUGAGAGAAGAAUUUGUGACGAAAUCGACUCGACGAAUCCGCACGACCACAAAAGCGGGAGUCCCGUGUGUGUCUUUGGGUCUCAUCGAUCUGGCUUCUAAGCGGACCCUACUAAUAAACGCCAUAGCGGUCCGGAGAAUAAUUAGCUCGAAUAAAUUAAAUUUACUUUAAUGUAA